UAAUUGUAAUUUUUUUAUUUUAAUAAAUAAGUUUAAAACAUUUGGUUUUUUUUGGAACCUUCGGCUGUGGCCUUCGUAAUUGGCGCAGUCGGUAGGAUUUGUUCGUAAAGUCAGUGAAUCGAUCGCGGACCGGGCAAAUUCGGAAACCUACAAGAGCCUGCAGCCAGAGGGAAAUCAAGACAUCGAUUUAUCAAAGAAACCAGAUGUGGAUACUACUAUGGUUGACGCUACUACACAUGACACAAGGACAAGAAAUAAUACUUGACUCACUUGACAAUGGACCAGGCUUACUUCCUUUCAGACUAGGACCGACAAGGAUUAUCUCGCAUUACCAUUCCUUUAUUAACUAUAUUGAUUUAGAGAACAUCCAUCUUCAGGUUGAAUCGGUUAAAUCCCAGAUGUCUAAACUAGCACCAUUAUUAAAUAAUAAGACGCGUUCUCUAUUUGAUCCUCAUUUGAAACAUCUUAAUAAUAAAAUAGCUGUAACUUCAAAUGAACUUAGCAUGUUUGAGUCAGUACGUCGCAAAAGGGGCCUCAUUGAUGGUUUAGGUUCCGUUAUCAAAAGCAUUUCUGGUAACCUAGACUAUACGGACGCAUUAAAGUAUGAACACGCGAUAAAUAUUUUGCGCAAUAAUGAACAUAAGUUAGAAACAGAACUUAACAGCCGUGUUAGUUUAAAUAAAGAGUACGUUGCACAAAGUUCUAUAAUUAUAAACGACAUAGUCAGUAAUCAAGUUAAAAUUAAUAAUACGUUAAAUUUAAUAUUGCGAAGUGACACUAACCGGGAAACAGACUUGAUUAAGUAUGCCCACAUGGCACAACAUCUCCUUAUCUUAGGAGAUAAUAUUGAAGACUUGUACGAAGAAAUGCAGAGGUUAGAGAAUACUUUAUCUUUUAUUCGUGCAUCAAGCACUUCAUAUUCUAUUUUUAGUUUAAAUAAUGUUAAGGAAAUGAUAGGUAAACUUAGGAUUUUAUACUCUAGUAAUGAAGUCCUUGACGUAGAAUUUAGACAGUUUUAUGAAAUAAUUAAGUUAGGAUAUUUUUACUCAGAGAGGCAAGUUGUUAUAGUAAUAAAAGUCCCAAUUGUUAUAUCCUAUACCUAUGAUCUUUAUAAAUUAUCUGUUGUCCCGAAUAAAAACCAUAAAGUCCUUAUUCCCAUCUCUCCAUUUUUGGCAAUUUCUGGAAAAGACUCUAGGUACAUAGAGACAGAAUGUCCGAAGUUGAAUUCAUGGUUUCUUUGCACCUCAAAGCCAGAUUAUAAGAAGGAUAAACAUGAUUGUAUCCAGCAGUUGAUUACCCAUCAGGAACUCAAUCAGUCCUGCCCCUUAACUUCAGUUGUCCUGCAAAAUGAGGCUUUAGAACAACUCGAUGACAAGCAUUAUACAAUGAGUUUUCCAACCUUAACGAAAGUUAAAUUAUUCUGUGGACAAGAACAAUAUAGGACACUACAAGGCAGUUAUGUAGCAACCAUUCCACUUAACUGUUACCUCAAGGCACCAGGAUUUACCAUUACUAAUGUGAAUAAUCGUAUAAAAGGUCAUAUUGUGAAGAUAUUGGAAAUACCACAACACAUUGAAUCCAAAUAUAGUGAACAACCAAUAUUAAAUCUGGCAUCUGUAGACCUGAACACUUUCCACAGUCUUAACACGAAGAUGUCUAUGCAGCCUCCGGUACAUUUAAACCAAUAUGAGGAUAUAAGUUUAUAUCAUACUACAAUACCUCUAUAUAUAGUAUUGGUGAUUACGAUUAUAUUAGUUGGUAUCAUAGCAUAUAGACGAAUGGGAAUUAAAUCUGAAACAAAAGGACAUCCCGGAAGAGAACAAGUUCCUGAAGACCCCAGUCUAGUUAAAGUGAAUCCCGGACACAUUUCAUCAGCUACUCUCUCAAACAAAGUUCUCGAAUAGUCGCUGAUUUUAGGAGGGAGGUGUUACGAAGUCCUAUACCAUGGAAUAUGCACUUCAACUUAUUAUUUAUUAAGUAUUACACGUCCGUGAGGUUACACGAUGUCAGCAGUAUCGCUAUGUCGCAAUUUAUAAUAAGAAUUACACGUGCCUCACGUUGUGCUUUGUAAUCAAUAUAGCCUCUUUGUGUCUUUUAUUAUUUUAUAUAAUGUAGCAUUCAAUUUCCUCACUUCGGAUUGACUAGCUGUAA